CAGGUAGCUACUGGCAUGAUAGGUAGUGGGGCUUUGGGCACGGCCAGUUUGACUACUUAUUCCAAGAAACCACAUGGAAUUCAUCAUCUUUGACAAAAGACUUUAAUACAUUAGUGAUGAAGACACUGUUCACUACUAUUGUGAUAUUCCAGAGUGUAAGCAACUCAACACUUGAAGUCAAUGGCCCAAAAUGACUCUGCUAGUGGAGACUCACUUCCGUAAGGAGAAAGACCAGGUCAGAGGCUGGGAUGAGCAUGCCACUGCACCAGAUCUCUGCCAUCCCUUCUCAGGACGCCACUGCCGCUAGAGUCUACAGAAGCAAGACCAAAGAUAAGGAGCGGGAGCAGAAUGAGAAGACAUUGGGACAUUCCAUGAGUCAUUCAAGCAACAUUUCUAAGGCUGGGAGUAGUCCUCCAUCCACGACGGCUCCAGUGUCUUCCUUCUCUCGUGCUUCUGUCACACCAUCCAACCAGGACAUCUGCAGUUCCAGUGCAGUGUUUUCUGAGUGUUGUUACUACAGUCCCAUGCAGUCUGCUGUUGUCUUGAAAGCUCCUCCAUGCCAGAGUGCUCUGACACGAGGGCUCACUGUGACAGUUAUCUGUAAAGACACAUUACAGGCAUCCAAGAGAAAUCCCUUUGGUUCAGACUGGGACCAAGCGUUGAGGCCUGCUAAGAAUACUAAGGCCAGAAGAGCACUCAGAUUCUCAAAGUCACUAAGUGAUGUGGGUGAGAAGACCCAGGAUACUUUGGAAAGCUUUGACUAUAUGGAAAGAACUUGUUCUGAAGGGAAACUGGUGCUUCCUCAAGGUCCAUCUCUCAAAAAGAACAGGCUCCAUCAGAAAGAAAAAAGAGCAGAACACUGCCCACCCCUCGACCAUUCCAAACAUUCUUGUGUCUUACCCCUUUCUACCAACCAUUCAGCUGCCUCAAAGAGGGAAGUUGGCAAGGGGAGCUUACGCAUCCCACUUUUGGAGGAGAAAGUUGAUGGUGAGACCAGGUUGAGAAGCCAGCGACUGCUCCGGUACCUGUUCUCACUCUCCCGUGGCUCAAGUGCCAGCAGCCUGCAUAGGUUCCAUGAGCUGGAGAGCCAUGCCAGCCAUCUACAUACUGCCAAGUCCUCCAGCUGGCUGGCAGGGAGCACAGACUUCUGUUCUGAUGAAAUGGGAGAUGACGAUGUCUUUGAGGAUACAUCAUCUGCCAAACUGAAGAGCAGGGUCCUGCGUGCGCCACUCUGCUCAGUAGAGAAGGACAGUGACCUGGAUUGUCCUUCUCCGCUCUCUGAAAAAUGCACCCCUAUCUCUCCCGUGUCCACCUCAGGGGAUGCCUGCAGGAUCUGCCACUGUGAAGGCGAUGAUGAGAACCCUCUAAUCACCCCCUGCCACUGUACAGGAAGCCUCCAUUUUGUGCAUCAGGCUUGCCUGCAGCAGUGGAUCAAGAGUUCGGAUACACGCUGCUGUGAACUCUGCAAGUACGAGUUCAUCAUGGAGACCAAGCUGAAACCGUUGAGGAAAUGGGAGAAGUUGCAGAUGACUGCCAGUGAGCGCAGGAAGAUCAUGUGCUCAGUGACGUUCCAUGUCAUUGCUAUCACCUGUGUGGUCUGGUCCUUGUAUGUGCUCAUUGACCGAACCGCAGAGGAAAUCAAGCAGGGUCAGGUGACAGGAAUCCUAGAGUGGCCUUUCUGGACUAAACUGGUAGUUGUGGCCAUUGGCUUCACUGGAGGACUUCUUUUUAUGUAUGUUCAGUGCAAGGUGUACCUACAAUUAUGGAAAAGACUCAAGGCUUAUAACAGAGUGAUCUAUGUUCAAAACUGUCCAGAAACAAGUAAAAAGAAUAUUUUUGAAAAGUCUGCACUAACCGAGCCCACCCUUGAAAAUAAAGAAGGACAUGGAAUGUGUCAUUCCACCACAAAUUCUUCUUGCACAGAGCCUGAAGACACUGGAGCAGAAAUUAUUAACGUCUGACGGUGUGGAGGGUGUCAUCCCCCGUGUCCACAAAGAGCUGAAGGAGUUUGUUUACUGCCAACUGUGUUCCUUCCUUCUGUUGUUCAAUAGCAGAGACUGGGCAGGUGACUGUUA